GAGGGAACAUUCCGGCAGGAAACAGGAACAGGAACCUGCCACUUACUCCCUCUCCCCUAACCCACUGGCUGCUGCCUGGGAUUUGGGGUGCUGCUCCUUAUCAACUGACUCCCUAAUGGGCUGCCUACUAGGUGCCUAGGCGGAACCUUAUUGCGCGACUGCAGUUUCCUGCCGGCUUGUUGAUGCGAAUGUAGCUGCCCGGUCGCUAUGGCGACUGGCCGGCAGUGACGUUGGAAUUUGUUGACAGCGGAGUCUGGAGGAUGCCUUGUGAGUAGGAGGCAGUGAAUGCGGCCCGAAUCGGAACCCGGGUAGUAGGAGACGAGGGUCGGUGACAGGCCAGCUGCGGCGAUUACCUUGAAUGAGAGGGUGACUGUCUCGAAAUCUGAUGUCCUCAUGAUUCAGGAACAAUAGCUAAAUAGGAAGGCAGCCAUCUAUUCAGGGGCCUUUUUUUUUGUAUGCUGAUCAUCCCCCCUCGGGUGCACCUACCAAGAUGGCAUCUGACAGCCCUGACUCGCUCAUGAGCAUUUGUACGGACUUCUGCCUCCGAAACUUAAAGGGAACCCUCUGCUACCUCCUAGACAAUGAAAUCCUACGCUUGCACCCAGACAUCUUUCUGCCCAGUGAGAUCUGCGACAGGCUUGUGAAUGAAUACAUCGAGUUGGUUAAUGCUGACAGUAGCUUUGAGCCUCACGAUAGUUUCUUCACGCUCUUCUCGGAGCCACAAAGCACGCGGCUCACACGCCUCCACCUGCGAGAAGACAUUGUGCAAGAUCAGGAUUUGGAAGCUAUACGGAAACAAGAUCUGGUUGAGCUCUACCUUACUAACUGUGAAAGGCUAACGGCCAAGAGCUUACAGACACUGGCUAACUUCCGCCAAACCCUUGUGUCCCUCAGCCUUUUUGGAUGUAGCAACAUAUUCUAUGAGGAGGAGAGCCUGGGGGGUUAUGAUGAGACUGACCGCCUGGUAAACCCCACUAGGCAGGUCCUUGUCAGGGACUUUACAUUCCAAGGAUUCCAGCAGCUGCGCUUCCUCAACCUCGGGUGCAUCACCAAAGUGGUGGAUGUGGAACAGAUGCUGCGCCCCCUCGUCUGCAUGAAAGCCCUGAACCUCUCUGGAAUCCAGCUGAAUGACAUUGGCUUCCUUACACAGUGGAAGGACAGUCUGGUGUCACUAGUCUUGUACAAUAUGGACCUGUCUGAGGAACACAUCCGGGUCAUCGUGCAGCUACACAAACUGAGGCAUCUGGAUAUCUCCCGUGAUAGGCUCUCCAGUUAUUACAAAUUUAAGCUGACCCGCAAAGUUCUGAGCCAGUUUGUACAACAUCUUGAGGAGCUUGUCUCUUUGGAUAUCUCUGGGCACCUGACCCUGGAGAAUUGUGCUGUCUCCAAAAUGGAUGAUGAGCUCGGCCCUCCCAGCAACAAUCCCUCAAAAAGCAGCAUCAGUCCCUUCCGAGCCCUGAAAAGACCCCUGCAGUUCUUGGGCUUGUUUGAAACAUCUCUGUGUCGUCUGAUUCACAUCCCAGCCUUCAAGGUGAGUGGGGACAAGAAUGAAGAGCAAGUGUUGAAUGCAAUAGAGGCCUACACGGAGCAUCGUCCUGAGAUUACCUCCCGUGCCAUUAAUCUGCUCUUUGACAUUGCCCGUAUUGAGCGCUGUAACCAACCACUUAGAGCCCUGCAGCUGGUCAUCGCCGCUCUGAAGUGUCACAAGUACGACAAAACCAUCCAGGUGACAGGGAGCGCCGCCCUUUUCUAUCUCACAAAUUCCGAUUACCGCAGCGAGCAAAGCGUCCGCCUGAGACAGCAGGUCAUCCAAGUGGUGCUAAACGGCAUGGAGUCCUAUCAGGAAGUCACGGUUCAGAGAAACUGUUGCCUCACCCUGUGCAACUUCAGCAUCCCGGAAGAACUAGAAUUCCAAUACCAAAGGGUCAAUGAACUGCUGCUCAACAUACUGAUCCCUACGAGGCAGGACGAGUCUAUCCAACGCAUUGCCGUGCAUCUCUGCAACGCAUUAGUCUGCCAGGUGGACAAUGACCAUAAAGAGGCUGUCGGCAAGAUGGGCUUUGUCAUGACAAUGCUUAAACUAAUACAGAAGAAGCUGCAGGAUAAAAUGUGCGAUCAGGUGAUGGAGUUUUCCUGGAGCGCCUUGUGGAACAUUACCGACGAAACUCCCGAUAACUGUGAGAUGUUCCUCAACUACAAUGGAAUGAAGCUGUUUUUGGAGUGUCUCAAAGAAUUCCCAGAAAAGCAAGAGCUGCACCGGAAUAUGCUGGGACUUCUGGGAAAUGUAGCAGAGGUGCGUGAGCUCCGACCUCAGCUGAUGACAUCACAGUUCAUCACAGUUUUCAGCAACCUCUUGGACAGCAAAGCAGACGGGAUAGAGGUGUCGUACAACGCCUGUGGGGUGCUGUCUCACAUCACGUUCGAUGGGCCUCAGGUCUGGUUCAUUGCUGAGCCGACCCGACAAGAGGUGGAAGAUCGGAUGUGGAGCGCUAUCCGCAGCUGGGACAUCAGCUCAAGAAGGAAUAUUAACUACAGAUCUUUUGAACCAAUUCUCCGGCUCCUCCCUCAAAGUAUUUCCCCUGUCAGCCAGCACUGGGCGACCUGGGCCUUAUAUAACCUGGUGUCUGUGUAUCCGGACAAAUACUGCCCCCUGCUGAUCAAAGAGGGAGGGUUACCUCUCCUGACGGAUUUGAUCAAUAUGCCUUCUGCCCAUGAGGAAACCAAGGACAUGGCAAGGAAAGUCCUUGACCUUUGCAGUAAUUAUAACGAAGACACCAUGGACACAUCGCUAUGAGAAGACGGACGCAGUCGAGGCUGUUUCACCUGCUGCUUCUCGGCGCCCCGUGUGUUCCAGCGGGAGAGGAGAUCUCCGUCGUUUCAUUUAUUUGUUGAUUUUGUCUAAAUACGAGUGUGAUUUUUCUGAUGGGGGGAGGGGGGACCUCAAGUAAUCUUUCCCGAAUGCUCUGGCAAUAAGGCACUUUAACGUUGUGGCUAAAACCUUCUAUGGAUAAUCCGUAGCUCCUUUUUAUCACGUGUAAGAAUGAACUACAAAUGGUGAUGGAAUCAUGGUGUAAAUUGGCCGCUCCGCUAACACUACGGCGUUCCACCAAUAGGUUGCCCACUGAGUGUGCCAUCUUGCCCACCUUCAGGAAGGCUGAAUGCUAAACUGGACAAAGUCAUUGGGGAUUUUCACUCAUGACGGUGUGGGAUAUAGCACAGAACACUAGAACAAAGACUUCCUUCAGCUGCUUUACCCCCUGCAGGGAUCAGUCUUUCUAGUGACCUCAAGGAGACCAGAUCACAGCCAGUCCUUUCCGAAGGGAUCUAUCUGCGGCCAGUCCUUAAGCCUGGCACCAGGGAUCAUGGUUGAGAUCUCUACCCUAGGAGUCGCUCUACUCUGGGCCAAUCACAAAGCUACUUCUCCACCAAUCCAUGUGCUGUUAAUAGGAUUGCAAGUACACAACGUGGAACAGAUCAACGUCCCAUUAAAAUAUAUUCCUUUUCAGCGUGAUCUAUACAUAAUUAGGUUCAGCAUCUUCGCAACUGCCUCUUGCAAGCAACAGCCAUUAAUAAACAUAAACUGUCACAUGGGAAGAGCUGAGCUGUCCAAACUGUCCUCUCCGUAAAGCCCGCAGGAUGAAAGCCGCCGUAAGCUGGCCAAUGGGCCACCGAGUGUUCUACAAUUUCAAGUUUAUUAUCAGUAUCCCUGGCCAUGCCUUCAAGUCUGUUCUCUCGGUGCUGAAAAGGCAGAAUGGUUUGGUUACUGAUGGCGCAGCACUUUGAUCAAGGACACGUGCAAACUUUUCACAGUAUCUUAUUGGCCGACGUUCUAGAAUGAGCACGUUCCUCAAAGGGGAACUAUUGCGAAAAUGAACAUUUAAUAUAAGCUUCAGCAUACUGAAAUAAAAAAACUUUAAAAAUACAAUCCAUUAAAAAGUCAGUAUUUUUUUCUGAAAUAAUCAAG